CAAAACAAAUAUGGCGGAAAAAUCAAAUCAUCUUCAUUCGCGGACAAAUUCGGCGAAAAGGCCAUCAUCGUCCAGUGGAAGGAAGUCUGCAACAAAUAUACGUAAUAACAUAGGUGGCAGCACCUCUAACACGCGGGAUCUGUUGAGCAGGGAGGAGGAAUACAAACGCCUCAAUGCAGAACUAGAAGCUAAAACUGCCAACUUAGUGCGAGAGGCAGAAGAAGUAAUGAGAGAUCAGGAGUCAAUGUUAUCUAAACCAUCUUUAUUGGACAAUAUCAACACUGAAGAUUUCUUAGGAGACUGGGAUCCUGAUGAACUGAGUGGGAAAACCAAUACAAAAACAAAUAAAAAGCCUCCUUCACGACCUUCCUCCAAGAUCUCCAACUCUGCAAGGUCACAGUCAGCCAAGGUCAGAUCAAGUAGUCGUACCAAAGGUAGCUCCAAGGCCAGCAAUAUUGCACAAGACGUGGCAACAACUGAUGAUGCAUUUAUGACCGACUUUAAAGAGUUCUCCCUUAAAGAUACCAUCUCUAACAUAGAAGGUCAAUUGGAUGAUGGAACUUUAGCAGAGGACACUCAUGAUGAUGUUCUCCCUAUGGCUGCUGCAGAGAUGGGAGCGGAGGCUCAGAUGAGGUUCCUGAAGGCAAAACUACGAGUCAUGCAAGAGGAACUUGACAGAUUAGCUGCCGAAUGUAACCAAAAGGAUGAGACAACUCAUGUGAUCCAAGGGAAACUUAAAGACCUAGAAGAAGAGAGAAACAGACUUGCAAGGACGAAUGUCUCGCAACAGACUCAGAUUGAUAAGUUUAAAAAGAUUGCAGAAGAUUCCAGGAGUAAAGCUGAUAGCUUAGAGAAUCAACUCAGUGGAGUUAGAAAGGAAGUCGAUGGCUUAAAGAGAGCUGAGAAGCAACAGGUAUCUAGUCAAAGUGCCACAGAGGUCAGACUCAAUAGAGCAUUAGAGGAAGUGGAGAAAUACAAGACACAACUUCAAAAGAACAAAUCCUCAGCAAAAACAGAGGUUCAGGCCUGUAGCCAUAGGAUGAGGUUCCAUGGGUUCCCCCUGGAAAAAAAUCUUUCAAAAGGAUGCAGUUUUUCACCAUUCUGAGCUUUUUUUGAGCUAAAUGCCUGGUUAGUGUUAAUGUGGAUUCAGGGUGAUUCUCUGUAUAUUUCAGGAGACUACUGAUCAGGAAAAACGUAGACUUGAUCAACUCAUGGCGGAGAAUAAACGCUUAGAAAAACAGAAAAAUGAACUGAUGACAGGAUUCAAGAAACAAUUGAAGCUGAUUGAUGUACUUAAACGCCAGAAGAUGCACAUAGAGGCAGCUAAGAUGUUGCAGUUUUCAGAAGAGGAGUUUGUUAAAGCAUUGGAGUGGGGAAAUUGAGGAGAAUAGAGAGGUUAAAGCAUAGGAGUGGGGAAAAUUGAGAAUAGAGAGGUUAAAGCAUUGGAGUGGGGAAAUUGAGGAGAAUGGUUAAAGCAUUGGCAUGGGGAAAUUGAGGAGAAUAGAGAGGUUAAAGCAUUGGAGUGGGGAAAUUGAGGAGAAUAGAGAGGUUAAAGCAUUGGAGUGGGAAAAUUGAGGAGAAUGGUUAAAGCAUUGGAGUGGGGAAAUUGAGGAGAAUAGAGAGGUUAAAGCAUUGGAGUGGGGAAAUUGAGGAGAAUAGAGAGGAUAAAGCAUUGGAGUGGGGAAAUUGAGGAGAAUAGAGAGGUUAAAGCAUUGGAGUGGGGAAAUUGAGGAGAAUAGAGAGGUUAAAGCAUUGGAGUGGGGAAAUUGAGGAGAAU